AUGUCUACCAUCACAUUAACAAAAGAUUCCCAUUUGCAUCCCGAAAAGUAUAGAAUCAACUUGAAGGAAUGUACGGAUGUGGUUGGCCCCAAUCAGACAGCCUUGAAGAAUUUCAACAAUGACUUACCGACAAUCCAUACGUCUUCCAAUAUUGCUAUUAUCGGUGCUGGAUUUGGUGGAAUGGCAAGUGCAAUCAAGACUAUGAAAUCACUUAAAGAGAAUGAUGUAACCAUUUUUGAAAGACAUGACAAUUAUGGGGGAACCUGGUACGCUAAUACAUACCCAGGAUGUGCUUCUGAUAUUCCAGCUGUUUGGUAUUCCUUUUCGUUUGCAUUGACUUCGAACUGGACCCGUGUUCAGCCUCCACAAUACGAGAUGGAGGAGUACAUUUUGAGAGUUGCUGAGCAAUUCAAAUUGAGAGAAAAGACAAGAUUCAAGACUUCAGUGGAUGAGUGUGUAUUCAAUGAAGAUACUGGUAUUUGGACUUUGUACGCUCACGACAUCGCUACUGGUCAAAAAAUUGAACACACCGCUAAAAUCUUGUUAUCUUGCACUGGUGUCUUGGUGCAUCCUUUGCAAUUAAAAGAACCGGGCUUGGAGAACUUUAAAGGAAAGUACAUGCACUCAGCUCUCUGGGACCAUUCAGUUGACUUCAAGAGUAAAAAUGUUGUCGUGUUUGGAAAUGGGUGCUCGGCAAACCAAGUUGUUCCAACAUUAUUGAAUGGGAAAGAGUUUGAUAUUGCUUCACUAACCCAAAUUGUUCGAUCAAAGCAUUAUGUCAUGCCUCCAGUGCCAAAAAUUCUUGUUUUCUUUUACAAUUUACUUCGAUACAGUUUCCUCGGUUUGCAAUUGGUGCGGUGGGUGACGAUAUUGGUGGCCGAAUCAAGAUUUCCUUUAUUCAGAGGAGAGGGCCCUUUGUCGAAACUAGUUCGUUGGAUCAAUAGAGCCAUGUCGGUCAACUAUAUGAAACAGGCACCAAAGAAGUACUGGGACGCACUUAUUCCUAAUUACAAGGUAGGUUGUAAAAGAUUGAUUUUUGAUUACGGGUACAUCCCUUCAUUGAAGGACCCUAGACUCCAUCUCACCAACGAGCGUGUUGACAAAAUCGUGGCAGAUGGAAUAUAUUUGAAAGAUGGUACAUUUGUCAAGGCAGAUAUAAUUAUUGCCUGUACUGGUUACGACGUUCCCAAAGCUUUUACUUUACCGAUUAAAACAAAUAAGGGAGCUUCAUUGAAAAAGAUUUGGGAUGAAGAAGGUGUUGGAGCUUAUCGUACGAUUUUGGUCAAGAGCAUCCCAAAUUUGUUUUUGAUAGAUGGUCCAAAUGUUGGAACUGGUCAUGCAUCGGUUGUGAUGGCAAUCGAACACGGAAUUGAUUACUUUAUUAAGAUUGCCAAGCCAAUUCUUCAAGGGAAAGAGAAGUCGGUCGUGGUCAAACCAGAACCAUACAAUAAUUGGUUCAAGUUGAUGCAAGAGAAAUUGCGUGAAAGUGUUUUUGGAACAGCAUUUGGUGGUUGUACAUCUUGGUAUGCCGAUGGUAGAACCAAUUUCACUACCUAUCCGUUCAGCCAAAUUCACUACUGGUAUAUCACUCAUUUUCCUAAUUACAAGGAUUUGAUUUACAAACACAACGAUAAGAAAAAUAUUUAA